GGGAGAGAGAGAAGCCCAAGAGACCCAAUCCCUCUUUCCCAGAGACCCAAUCCCUCUUUCCCGGAGACCCAAUCCCAUCUGGUAAUUAAUUCAUUAUUUUCACGAUCUCUUGCCUCUGCAAGUUUUGGAGUUCAUCCAUGGCGAAGUACUUGGAGAUUUUGGACGCAGGGGUGAGGAUUGCAGCAAGGUUUCAAUCUCACUGCCCUCAGACUGCUCGGGUGUAUUACCACCCUCCGCCGUCCAACUCCGGUCACCACCAACACGGCGGCGGCGGCGGCGGCCAAGGAGGCUGGAUUCAAGAUGGGAUCCAGAUGGCCAGCUUUGCUGCCAUGGCUGCUGUGCUCUUUGAUCCUACGGACUUGAAUGUUUACUCUGUGCCAUGAAUCUCACUCAACACACUUGUAUAGAAUUAGGAACAAACAAAAUAUUUUAUUGAUUCUUUGCCAA